UGAUAAAAAACAUAAAUCUCAAAUGUCAAGAUGACGUCAGAUUAGCAAGUAACACAAAAAAGUUUUCGAGGAAAUUUUUAAUAGGCAAUAAAAUAAAACAUUGGAAAAUCUUGGAAAGCAGCAGACAAUGGACUGGCUGUGUUGUCUCACUUCGAACAUGAAUAAGGCGAUCUCGCCCCAGUUCCACAAAACACUGAACGCAUUGAUAGAAGCGUUAAUCAAGCCCGAAACUUUGAAACGAGACUUGUUCUUUGCAGUCCUACUUAUUGUGAUCAAAGAAAAUGAUUUCGUACUCCAAGGGAACAGAGAAAUUCACGUUUUAGAUUACAUAUUAACCAAAAAACGGGACGGUGGUAAAAUUCAUCAAAUAUUUGUUGUUUUGAAUCGUUUUGAGGGAUGUCCAGUGAAUGUGAUUUUAUGUCCUUUAGAUGAUACAGUGUUGGUUAAUGCGUUUAUCGAUGGUACUAAGGAGACUCAUUCGUUAUGUGUGCCCAUUAAUGAGUACAUGGAAACAUCAUCUUUGGGUAUCCCGUCCAGUUUUCGUCAAUUACCAGACUUGGUAGCUUCAUUGAGAGAGAAAAUUGUGAUUCCAAUGAAGGCUAGUGUUCUGAGUUACCACAGCCAGCCUAGUUGCAGUUUGCAGGGUCUCCCCAAUGAUGCGUUGUAUCAAAUUCUGUUAAGUUUGUCUCUUAACGAUAUAUUGAAUAUUGCAAAAUCUUGCAAAAAGCUGAGUCAAGUUGUGAAGGAUGAAAACGUCUGGUCUCGUCUUUUUAGAAGAGAUUUUCCUAAGAUGAGGAACAAUAAAGAAGCUGAUUGGCGCAAUCUCUACAAGAAGGCUUAUGUGAAGAAAAACAAGAAGAUUGAUAAAAAAGCAAACUGGGGUAAAGGGUAUGCUAUGGAACAAAUUCCUGAGUGGCCAGAUUUUGUGCCUGUGAAAGAUUCUCGAUUGGAGAUCAUUUUGUAGUGAUGAUGUUGACGUCAUUGUAAUUUUUUGGUAAUUUAUUUUGAUUAUAAAUGGGAUGUGAAAAUUAAAUGAUAUUUUUACUUAA